ACACACUAAGUGGGGCAGGAACAGCAGUUAGCUUUGUAGAACCUAGUAGAAAAAAAAAACCUAGAGAAACAGGAAAAUGGGGAGGCAUAAGCUGGUGGAUAAAGCCAUGACUGAAAUGAGUGAUAGCAACUUAGAAAAACCAACCAUUAUUCAGCAAGCAAUGGCCUCUUGUUGUGGAGCUAUAAUUACUUCAUUACUUGUAUCUCCUCUUGAUGUUGUCAAAACUCGACUGCAAGCCCAAAGCAGUCCGUUCCCUAAAGGAAAAUGUUUUGUAUACUCCAGUGGCCUUAUGGAUCAUAUAUGUGUUUGUGAAAAUGGGAACAGCAAAGCCUGGUAUAAAAAACCUGGGAAUUUCAAAGGGACAUUGGAUGCAUUUGUGAAAAUUAUUCGAAUAGAGGGAAUUAAGUCACUGUGGAGUGGGCUUCCUCCAACAUUAAUAAUGGCACUUCCUAACGCAAUGAUCUAUUUUACCCUCUAUGACCAACUGCGUGAAGCUUUGAAAUACAGACUGAAAAAGGGUGAUGAAUACAUUCCAGUUCUUGCAGGUUCCUUAAGCAGAUUCAGUUCUCUCACUGUGGUGAGUCCCCUGGAGCUGAUCAGAACUAGAAUGCAGCAUCGCAAGUUGUCCUACAAGCAGCUGUACCUGUGCGUCAGCACUCAAGUGGCUGCAGAUGGGUGGUUUUCACUGUGGAGAGGCUGGAGUUCUACUGUUCUGAGAGAUAUACCUUUCUCAGCAAUGUACUGGUAUAAUUAUGAACGUUUCAAGAAGAUGAUGUGCAAGCAAGUUGGUGGACAUGAACCUACAUUUUUUAUUGCUUUUACUUCAGGAGCAGCAUCUGGCUCUAUUGCAGCUGUCAUAACUCAGCCAUUUGACGUAGUGAAAACACAUAGACAGACUGCACUUUGGGAGAGUGAGACCUUAGAAAUUCCACAGAGGGACUCUACAUCAACCUGGGCAGUUAUGAGGAAAGUUGUCGCUAGCAAUGGGAUUACUGGAUUAUUUGCUGCUAAAGAGGAAAAAGAAAGGAAGGAGGAGAAAAAAAAAGAAUUUAAGCCUGGACAGAGCAAUGAAGAAUAACGACUGCCACCAUGUUAAAUUUUUAGUCUGAUGAAACAUUUUUGUUGGAUAUUUAAAAUUAUUGUUUAAAAAUGUUUUGGGCUUCCAGUUGUAUGAUAUAUUUAUUUCUCAAUACGGAGGUUGAUACAGAAUGAAUUCAUUAAAUGCUUAUUUAUUCUUGCUGCUUGAUGCGUUUCAUUCUGGGCAUGUUUGUUGUUUGCAGCUCUAUAUUUUGUUUCAGUACACAUUAUAAAACAGCUUCUUGUUUAUUUUAAAUGAAAAAUUCCCUAUGUCAAAGUGGAAAAAAUACUCAUGCUCAUUAGAAACCAAGAGAGCUUAGUGAAUACAGUGAUAGGGACUGCAGUGGCUUUUGUUUAAGGUAAUACUCUUAAAAAAUUAAAGCACAUCCAGGCAUUGAAGACAACGGCCUGUACAGAUGCUCUGGAGAAACACUGCCUCACAUGUUUUUGGGAGGUGCAAGCUGUCACUGCCACAAUGCUCUUGGGCAGGGCCAAGCCAUACACAGUUUUUAUGGGAUCACCUGUCUUGGAAGGCCAGGUGUGCUGGCACAGGCAGGUGGUUCCAUGCCUCUUGGACUCAGCCGUGUGUCUCUCUGAAGGGAAGAGCAUAUUUAGUUUGCUGCUGUCGACGCAGCCACUGUCUGCCACAGUGUACUGCACACUUGUGGUAUGAGCAGCUGCAGCUCCUCACUUGCCCAUAGGUACUUCAGUUACUGAAUCAGAGCUUCCUCUGUAUGAUUUUAAUUAUUUUUUAACUACCUUCACUCUACCUCCCUUUUUCCAUGCAUUUUCAAUGAAGGGGUUGAAUUUUACUUUUUUGUGUAUUUUA